AUGCUUGUCGAAGCCGCAAGCGGCCCGGCGUCUCGGACGGCCAUUGUGCACUCGCCGAGUUGGGAAAGUUCGGCUGGUACCGGACGGAGUGGGGCGGCAGGAGUCGAGGCCAGGCUGGGGCUUAAACGUGGCAGUGGGACAAGCCGACAUCAUCUACGUCGUGGAAGCCGACUGACACAACCCAAAGGCUGGGCUACUUUGAACAUGUGA